AUGAGCAGCAGCUGGGUCAAUCCCAGAUUUUCCCAGCCAGUCUCAGAACCAAGUGGGAACCCCAAGCUCCUGAACAACAAGGCCCAAGCUGUCCCCGCAGCAAAGCAGGCCUUGGUUACUGGCCUCCAGGACAUCAUGGAGAACUCCGUGACCCCAUCUUCCUUCGUCAACCCCAGCAUCCUGAUUGCCAUGAACUUGGCUGACACUGAAAACACAGAGGCCCAGAAGCUCCUGACAGAACAGAUCCUAGCCAAAGAUACCACAGAACAUACCAUCGGCCAACUGGCCCUCGACGUUCUGGCCCUCGCCUCAUCCUGCCGGCAUUCUGGGAACCGACUCUCAUCCCUGCAAAAGAAAAUGGAGAACUGGGCACCCACAAGCCAGACGGAAAGCAAAAUAACCUUCUACCAGCCGAGUCUGGCAAUCCUAGCCCUGUGCCUGAAGAGUCCAGAAGACAUCUUGCCCUUGGCAGCCCGCUUUGCCAAAACCCUGUUGGUCAAUACAUCGCCCUUCAGUGUGGACACGGGCGCCGUAGCAACCUUGGCUCUGACCUGUAUGUACAGUAAGAUCCCCAUAGGCGUGGAGGACGGUUUCGGAGAACUCUUCGGGCAGGUUCUGAAAGAAAUGGUCGAGAACCUCAGCAGCAGGAUCCAGGACAAUGGUCUCAUAGGCAACAUCUACAGCACCGGCUUGGCGAUGCAGGCCCUCUCUGUCUCACCUGUGCAGCCUAACCGAAAAUGGGACUGCAAGAAGACUAUGGAUACUGUACUCCUGGAGAUCGAACAGGAGAAAUUCAACAACCCCAUGGCCAUUGCUCAGAUCCUGCCUUCCCUGAAAGGCAAAACCUACCUGGAUGUGGUCCACGUCACGUGUUGUUCCGAUCAUGAGGGAAAGACCAUCUCCUCCUCCUCUUCCUGUCCUCUUCCAACCUCACCUUCAAAUAUUACAGUGCACUACACCAUCAAUAAUCAGCUGAGAGGGGUGGAGCUCCUCUUUAAAGCCACUUUGGCGGUCAGCGUGCGCAAGGGCUCGGUCUUGCUUACUGUUCUCGAGGAAGCCCAGCGCAUCAACUCCAUGUUCAGCUUUAAAUACUCGGUGACAUCCUGGGGGAUCUUCAUCUCGUCCAUCAACAACCUGACUGAAAACGCCAACCAGAGGACGUACUGGCAGUUCCUCAGUGGCCAAACCCCACUGGAUCAAGGUGUCUCCUUCUACGUUCCCUUCAACAACGAACACAUCAUGGCCAACUUCACUCAGUACUAAGUAAUCUAGACGUCGCCUCCUUCUGCAGGGAAGUGUUCUUUUCGACACUAAGAGUGCACUCCUCCCCUCUCCCUGGCCCAGAGCCCUCGGAAUCAUUAGAAUUUAGCCACUUGUCUCACGGAGAAAUAAAAUCUAACGAGGCUUUUGAAAA